AUACACGCCUAAUGAGCAGGUUAAAGUCAGUCUUUGGAGUGUUCAUUUUAUAUUUGUACGGGAGACAAUAAUUUUGCUUUUUAUUGAAAGAUGCUUUUAAUAAUGCUCUUUGCAGUCUUGAAGUCGUACAAAGACAAGCGUGCUUUCUUUUAAUAUAUUUGCAAGGAAAUGACAGCUGACUGGGGUCUGUCAUGUUCUUCAGGACCUCUUUAUGUAGUUCAGGCUGGCCUGGAACUGGCAAUCCUGCCUCACUCUCCCAGCUGCUGGAAUAAUAGGUGUGCGCCGCCAUGCCCAGUGAGGCCUACCUUCUUAUGGAAUUAAAAGUAGCAAGAGAUACCAAGCCCAACGUGGGCUGCCUGAACCCACAGCAGCAUUCUGAACAUAACAGAUGUACAGGAUACAUCUACAAAAUUUUGAACUUUUUUUUUUUUUUCCGGUACCGGGAAUCGAACUCACGACCUUGCGUUUGCCAGGCAGGCGCUGUGCCGCUGAGCUAAAUCCCCAGCCCCAAUCUACAAAAUUUUAAAACAGUUACACCUGCAGUUAUGAUAAACGAAUGCACCCCUUACUUCCCAAAGUCCAGCUGGAGUAAGAAUUUCCGGAAGCGAGGGCGGAUACAAGGCGAGCGCUGUGCAGACGGGCGGCAGGGCUGUAGUCUCGAUGGCCUCCGAGGACCGGAGCAGAUGGGGGUGCAGUUAGGCUGGAACCCCGCACACUAAGCCAGCACUGCUUCCGGCCCCAGGAAGCUGUCCCCAAAUGAGGAGGAAACCAGGCGCGUGUUUCUGUGUUACACACCCAGCACUCAUCUGGAAGGCUCAAGGCGAGCCCUUCGCAUCCAGAUUUCUCGAAGGCGCCGGAGGAACACGAGGGCUUCCCCCGUCCCGGACGCUUCCCCGCGCCCCGAGGCCUUCUGGCUGUCGUUUCCAGUGGCGCUCUCACGCUCCCUCGUCUGCGCAGUCCUUGUUCCUGUGUUCUGUACCGACCACACCUAAAGACGGCCGCCGCCGCCGGGCUCGUCCUCGCCGCGGAAGGGUUCUGCGACCCUUUGCGCCCUGAAGGCGCGACUUGGACCUUGCGGCAGCCCGUAGCCCCCAUGCUUCCUUUCCCCGACCUCCAUGUACGCAGAACUCUUGAUUCCAGCGAGAGGUCUUGUAACUAGUAGCUGCCUUUUCUCAAGGGGCUGACAGUCCUUAAAGCCCUCUGUCCAGCGGAACCUGGCCUCCUCUUCCCCCAGGAACCCCAACCAACUUUCUCCGAGCCUCCGCGUGGCGCGGCCGGAAGUGCGCACACGGCGCCGUGACCUCGCCGGUGCACUUCCGGGGUCGCGCCGCCGCGCUCUUCGGCCGGGCUCUCCGUUCCCGCGACUGCUCGGCGGCCGACUCCCUGCGACCGGCCGGGUGGGACCGAGCCGAGCCGACCCUGUCACAUAGGACAGCACACACCGCAGUGUCCUGAAGGACAGGCGCGACAUGCUCAAGUGAUGUUCAGAAGUCACCUGUGCGGGUGUGUCCGGGAACCAUGCAGCCCGCAGGACACCGGCUCCGGGAUGUCGAGCACCAUCCCCUCCUGACUGAAAACGACAGCUAUGACUCUGCCUCCUCUUCUUCCUCCGAGGCCGACGCCACAGACAGGGUGUGGUUCAUCCGCGAUGGCUGCGGCAUGGUCUGUGCCGUCAUGACGUGGCUCCUGGUUGUUUACGCAGACUUCGUGGUGACCUUCGUCAUGCUGCUGCCUUCCAAAGACUUCUGGUACUCCGUGGUGAAUGGGGUCAUCUUCAACUGCCUGGCGGUGCUGGCGCUCUCGUCGCACCUGAGGACCAUGCUCACUGACCCCGGGGCAGUGCCCAGGGGGAACGCCACGAAGGAGCACGUGCAGAGCCUGCAGCUGAAGCCCGGCGAGGUGCUCUACAAGUGCCCCAAGUGCUGCUGCAUCAAGCCCGAGCGCGCCCACCACUGCAGUAUUUGCAAAAGAUGUAUUCGGAAAAUGGACCAUCACUGCCCGUGGGUGAACAAUUGUGUGGGAGAAAAGAAUCAGAGGUUUUUCGUGCUCUUCACUAUGUACAUAGCCCUGUCGUCAGUGCACGCGCUCAUCCUCUGCGGCCUGCAGUUCAUCUCCUGUGUGCGGGGACAGUGGACCGAGUGCAGCGACUUCUCUCCUCCGAUAACUGUAAUCCUGUUGAUCUUCCUGUGCCUUGAGGGUCUGCUGUUUUUCACAUUCACUGCAGUGAUGUUCGGCACCCAGAUCCACUCAAUAUGCAACGAUGAGACGGAGAUCGAGAGGCUGAAAAGCGAGAAGCCCACGUGGGAGCGGAGGCUGCGCUGGGAAGGGAUGAAGUCGGUCUUCGGGGGCCCCCCCUCCCUGCUGUGGAUGAAUCCCUUUGUGGGCUUCCGCUUCAGGCGACUGCAGGCCCGGCCCAGGAAAGGCGGCCCGGAGUUCUCGGUGUGAGCCUCGCCUGGGGCCGUGACUCGCCUGUGGUCUCUGGCCUUGUGGCUCCGCAGGGCCCCGUGACAGGAGGGCAGGCGGGACCUGUGCGGCGGCUACAGCAAGCGGCCACCUGGAUGUGGGCAGAGGUCACCGUCGCCAGCAGACGGUGUGACUGUUCGCCUGAGAGCAAGCGAUGUGAGCCUUCCCCGUGCCCGAGCGGCACCUGCGGGGAGGCCGCUGGCCCUGCGUCACCAGCACACUCCCUGAGCGGAGGCCGUGCUCUCCAAGCCCGGGCCCUGGGCACCAAAGGUGCAGAAGCCCGGCGCACCGAGCAGCGAAGGCAGCUUCCAGAGCACUCCGGGCCCGGGAGACGGCCUCCCUCCCAGCUGUCUGCGUCUGUGCGUGUGCUGUGUGCAUGUGUCCAAGUCGGCAGUGUUGUCUCCGCGGUGUGACUUCAGCAGCUGUGUACAGCAACAAGCUAUUUUUCAGAUGCUGACGUUUCAGGGAAGAGGGGUGCACUGUGCGGGUCCCCCGCAGUGUCUAUGAAUGUAUUCCUGACUGGACAGUGUCUCGACCCAAAGAAGCCAUCCCUGUGUGGCCCUGGACGCCUCCUGUGCGACCUCCCCUCAGGAACCCAGAGUUGGAAGGCCUGGGGCUGAUCCGUGGUUCCAGCCAAGUUGGCGGCAAGCGGCCGGCCCCGGCUGUAGGAGAGCUGGCGCUGGGUGCUGGGCGGGUGGCAGGCGGCCUUCGGCCCCCCAAGCAGGUGCGGCUCAGGCGGUGGCCAGGAGGGCACCAGAGGGGUGGCUUUUGUUUUUAUGUUUCUCUACCCGUGGCACAGGUGAUCAGAUCGGACCCUUGGUGUGAGCUUAAAAUUACACCAGAAAGCAAACAGCCCCUCCUGGGGAUUUGCCUUAAACUGCCCGGCUGCACCUCUGCUGCCUGGGCUUCGGGCUGGGCAGUGGGGCUUCCAGGUGUCCGUCUCCUGCGUGGUCCCCGCCUGGUACCAUUGUGCUGGCGGCGGCGGCUCUGUGCCCGGCCCGCGUGAGGACGUCCGCUGAGGGCCUCCCCGGGGACGCUGCAGAGACAGGCGCGGCGGGCGGGCCGUCAGGACAGCGUGCGUGCGGCUGCUCUGCGCAUCAUUUGCACAUCUGUGUCUGGGGUGGACCAGCGUGUGGGCUCCGGUGUGAGGCUUUUACUGUGUAUCUCCCAUUCAUCAGUCACAUGACCGUCCAAGUGGUGAACCCUGUGAGACUUGGCAAGUCCGUGCAACCAAGUAUACUUGACUUUGCGACCUCUCCUUCCGUGUAACUUUUAUAUGAAAUAAAGUAGCCCCGCAGCCGUUCUCAGACCA